AAAACACAACCAAUUGAAACGAUAACAUUCUAAAUAAAAGAACUUAUAAAAAAACAAAUAAUAUUUGAAAAAUUAAAAACGAAGAAGACGAGGCCUCUAAUUGUAUCAUCCUCAUUCUCUCCACACGUAAAACUGUUUAUUCUACCGUGUUAACAAAAUUUUGUUACACAUCAAAUGCUCUGUAGUAUUUCACACAUACUUGGUUUGAUCUAGUGCUUGACGUUUAAAGUUGGGCACUUCUGGAUCAAUGAAAAGUGUGUACCGAAGCGGUUUCUUCAAGAAGUCAAAUGAUAGUGGGAGAAUCGUUUUAACUGCAAUCAUGGGGAUGAUAUUAGGAUAUUUCAUCGGUGUAUCUUUUCCAUAUCUUUCUUUUACUAAGAUUAGCUUACUUCCAGUCAUCCAUUCACCAUUUGAUACAACAAUGCAUGACGAUCAUCAAUCUAAUCCUCAUGAACGUAGUUUCCCUGAAAAUCUUGGUUCAUCUAAUACACCUGAACUACCUCAGAUUUAUGCUGCAACGAAUCCUCGUGGUGCAGAGUCUUUACCUCCAGCAAUUGUAGUUUCAGAAACUGAUUUUUAUUUGAGAAGAUUAUGGGGUGAACCUUCUAAGGAUUUGAAGAAGAAACAAAGGUAUUUGGUAACUUUCACUGUAGGAUGGGAUCAGAGGAAUAAUAUCGACGCAGCAGUUAAAAAGUUUUCGGAUGAUUUCCAAAUCGUUCUUUUUCACUAUGACGGUAGAACAACAGAAUGGGAUGAGUACGAGUGGUCAAAGCAGGCAAUCCAUAUUAGCGUACAGAAGCAGACUAAAUGGUGGUAUGCAAAAAGGUUUUUGCAUCCAGAUAUCGUAGCAGCUUAUGAUUACAUAUUUCUUUGGGAUGAAGAUCUUGGCGUUGAGCACUUUAACGGAGACAAUUAUAUGCAGUUAGUUAAGAAAUAUCGGUUGGAGAUAUCUCAGCCUGGACUUGAACCCUAUGAGGGAUUAACAUGGCAGAUGACAAAAAGGAGAGGCGAUAAAGAAGUUCACAAGGUUACAGAUGAGAAACCAGGAGUGUGUACUGAUCCACAUCUGCCACCAUGUGCAGCAUUUGUGGAAAUUAUGGCUCCUGUUUUCUCUCGUGAUGCUUGGCGGUGUGUGUGGUACAUGAUCCAGAAUGAUUUGGUGCAUGGAUGGGGUUUGGAUUUUGCACUUAGAAGAUGUGUAGAGCCCGCACAUGAAAAAUUCGGUGUGGUUGAUUCGCAAUGGAUUGUGCAUCAACAUAUUCCUUCACUUGGGGGCCAGGGGGAGCAUGAGAAUGGGAUAGCUCUACGGGAAGGGGUAAAAGUUAGGUGCCACAAGGAGUGGGCUCUAUUCCGAGAACGACUUGAGAACGCGGAUAAAGCUUACUUGAAACAGAAUGGGACUAAACUUUAACUUGCAUUUUUUAUACUUUUUCUUAAAAGUCAAAACCCAUUUGACUUCUCAUCCGCGUCUCGGGAGUUGACUUUCAUGCUGACUUUUUGGUCACGGUUCAUAGCCAGACAUGUUUUGUAAUGUAUAGGCAUGAUAACCGUAGGUUGUGUGCAUAGUUGAUUACCGCACGCUAAAUUAAACAGGUGGUAGGUAGUAACUUGACCUCGUGGAUUAUCCGUGAUAAAUAGAAGAUCAAGCAUUGUUCUUGAACCUCUACACAAGAACCAUCUUGUUUGGUAGUUUAGAAUGUCAUGUUGGACCAUGCAACCCACUGUUUGAGGCAGUUUACAGGUUGUGUGAGCCAACACACCACAAUGAUGUUACUAUAAUAUAAUGAUGAAAUAAUUUAUAUAUGUAUUUUUAGAUA